GGUCCCUGCUUUGGUGCUGCCAGACCAGUGAGACUCCUAGUCACAGUUCAGCAGGUCGCCACGCGGAACUGGCAGACUUUAACCUGGAGGAGGGAACAUGAUGUCCUUGGAUGAGACACAGAAGAUGAUCAAUAACCCGAUCAUUCCAUAUGUUGGAACAAUUCUUGGUGGCCUUGUUCCUGGUGAACUGGUUGUAAUACAUGGGAGUGUUCCUGAUGAUGCGGACAGAUUCCAGGUGGAUUUCCAGUGUGGCAGCAGCAUAAAGCCCCGUGCUGAUGUAGCCUUUCAUUUCAAUCCCCGCUUCAAGAGGUCUGGCUGCAUUGUUUGCAACACACUGGAGAAGGAAAAAUGGGGCUGGGAGGAGAUCACCUACCAGAUGCCYUUUCAAAAGGGGAAGCCAUUUGAAAUUGUCAUCAUGGUUUUGAAGGAUAAAUUCCAGGUGACUGUAAAUGAGAAGCACUUGCUGCUGUACAACCACAGAAUUAGUCUGGAAAGAAUAGACACUCUUGGGAUAUAUGGGAAAGUGCGGAUCAAAAGUAUAGAUUUCAUUUCUAAUCCUUUACAAGGCACUCGRCCGUCAUCUCUAGGAAUAACAAAGAUAAGCACAGAAAAUGUGGAAAUGCCAGAUGAUUCACAAUUUGGAGUUCCUUAUGUUGGCAGACUGGAUUCUGCACUUCGUCMAGGACGCACGAUUGCUAUUAAGGGAGAAGUGAACAAAAAUGCAAAUAGCUUUGCUAUAAACCUGAAGUCAAGCGACUCGGCGGACAUCGCGUUACACCUGAAUCCCCGACUGAAGACUAAAGUUUUUGUAAGAAACUCUUUCCUCCACGACAGCUGGGGAGAAGAAGAAAAGGAAGUUCCCAAUUUCCCUUUCAGUCCAGGGAUGUACUUUGAGCUGAUAAUUUUCUGCGAUGCCCAACAGUUCAAAGUUGCUAUUAAUGGUGUGCACACGCUGGAGUACAAGCAUCGCUUCAAACAGCUUGAGAAGAUCAACCUGCUGGAGGUCACAGGAGAUGUUCAGUUGUUAGAGGUGAGGAGCUGGUAGCUCCUUUCCAUCAGUACUAAAAGAAGUAAACUUAAGACAGUGAUUUCUUCCUUGUCAAAUACAAACUGGUGCUGACUCAUCCUCAGCCUGUCUCUGUAGAUUCAGGCUUCUGUAUCUCCCUGAUGUAGGUGAGUACCAGAACUGCUAAACUCUGAGACUAAAUCUUCCUCUCAUUUCCAAGAUCCUGGCAAGCUAAGUACAUGUGUGCUCAGACAGAUCACCUGUAGUACUGAACAUAGCAAUAUAAAGAUGCUGCCUCAGACCGUGCCUAACAGCUGCACUCUGUGUUCAAGUUAAACUGCAACUGCUCCUACCUUAAUAGCAUACACUUAAUACUGUGAAGUAGACACUAARCUGAAAUAGGAUCUGAAAAUAUGAACUAUCAACUGCUUAUAGCCUACUACCCUGUCAUUUAAAUGAGUUUCCUACUUCAGUGUUUCUGCUAAUGACUGUAAUGCUUUUGCUAGGACUAGAUGAAGCCAACAGGUGACCCCUCAGUCCUUGAAGAAGGCCGGGAGGAACUGGCCUCUUAGUGCAGUAGCAUCAACUCUGGCCUUCAUGGCUGUGGUGACUCUGCUUAUAAUGGGCCUAAAUCAACUCCAUACCUGCAUUUCUAGCUUUCACUUUUCCAAAAUGAAGUGCAACCCCCAUAAAAAAAUAGCAGUUUACUACUGUCAUGGAUAUCUUCUGAAAACCCYUUAUUUGAUCUGAAAGGGCUCCUUACUGCGUUGAAAUUGCUCAGGGAACUGGUGUAGAUCUCAUUUUCAAACCUAUUAACCUAGGUGCUCCAGGGAGAGUUUUAUUUGAGAAGACUUAGAUCUUCAUUGGGGAAGAAAGACUGAAUCCUUUUUUCAGAUUCUUAUUUUAAAAUACUAAUCUGAACAAGCUGUACCCAUUCCCUUUUCUUUACACAAAUGGCAACAGUCUUAACUUUUAUAGUUAUUUUUAAAAAG